AUAUAAAUAUUUACAAACGAUACGACAGUCGCGUAUAAUUCUGGAGUUUGUCGUUCUGAAAAGUUUUUUCUAGUUUAUUCGACAUUACUCAUUUUAAUUAUUGUAAAUAGUUGUAUCAAAAUAAGGAGUAGAGAAUGGCAGAUAACACUGGUUCAGCUAACCAGAAGCCCGAAAACGAUUUCGAAAAUAACCGAGUUGAUACAACUACCGGUGAACUGAAUUACAAAGCCCCCAAUUUGUCCGAUAAUCGUUAUUUCCGUCGACACAUAGAUGCAGCCUUCCAGCAACAUGGAUCACAAUUACCGGAUAAAGUUAUCAAUUCACAUUAUGUGGACAAGUUUAAGCGAAGUGAAGUAGAAAAAUACAUAAAUGAUUUGGCUACUAAAUCGGAGGAAUGUGUAUACGAGAAGAUGAAGGAUUGCACCGAUUUUGUGCAGGUAACCAAUUGGAGUGAGCUGAUGCAUUCGGCUGGCCUGAAGGAAACGUGUAAUCAUGAGCUUGCUCUGGCGAUGAAAACCAUUGCCAACACGGAAAGAUUUCCAGAGCCUAAAAAGGCGAAUGGAGUGAACUUCAAAUUGUUGUACCUCAACUUAUCGAAUAUGAUGCUGGGACAUCCGAUUCAGCAAAUGAAUUCAGCGACAAAGAAAUUGUUGAAGGAUUUAUACGAGGAGAAUUUGAACCAAAUAAGACAAACCGACAACAGCGAAAAUAUCGCCCUCAUUCGAGAUCGAUUACGAACCAUACAUCCGGCAAGAGAGUCGUCGGCAGAGAACAUAUGUUACGAGAAUUUGGACACAUAUUUCAAUGAUACAAAUCUGAAUCCGUUGCAAAUUCCGUUCGAGAAAUUAUUCUAUGUUUCGAAAUAGUUGUUGCAAAACAAGACUGAAAAUAAAAGAAAUACAAACUGCCAAACUUUUGCUUGAUUUGCAAUCUGCUUUAUUUUUGACAUACGAACGUAUAAUCCUUUCAUUUUACGAUUAGCUCUUCUUGUCAACGUUGAAGUACUUAUCAUAUUAUCUGUGUACAUCGAAUUAUUAUAAUGAUAAGCCGAUCGAAAUGUAGAGAAUGUAUAGAAAUUUUGUUAGUUAAACCGACGUUCUGCCGGAAAA